UUUUUUAAUUCAAAUCCCAAAAAUAAUCAACUACUUUUACUCUAACUUCCCACCACACUCUGUCACUACCAAACUUCAAGAGUUCAGAUCCCACAGCUUACAACUCUCUCUCUCUCUCUCUCUCUCUCUCUCUCUCUCUACCUUCUUCAACCUCUUCAAGAGCUAAGAAAUCUCAAGAAAAUAAACAAACCUCAAAACUUUUAGCUCCUUCCUUCAAUGGCUUCCCCUAACAACAACAAAUCCAAGAACAACCAACUAGUUACUAUCUAUUAUUUUGUAUAAUUCGAUUAUAGUAUUAUUUUUUUAUAUUACUAUUCUACUAUCUCUUGUUGGCCUUAUUAUUACUCAUGUACUGAGGGGUUUAAAAGUCUUAUUCUGACCGAAUGAGUUUUAAGUGUUCAGUUGGCAAAGUCGUGAGUGACAUGUCACAUGUUAGUUUGAGUUAGAAGUAAGAUCUAUCGAGAUCCAACAAAGAACAAUUUUUAUCGCCUUCAAUGGCUUCCCCUAACAAUAACAACAACAAAAAUCCCAAGAACAACCAAUUAGUUUCCACUAUGAUCAAACAAGGCUUCAUUUCCAACCCCUACCUCUCUCCUUCACCACCACAUACCCAAAUUCCAACACGACCCGACAACAACCCAAGCCCAACCCGACCCGGUAAUCCAAGCCCAAGCCCGACCCCGACCCUUUUCGACAUGAUGUCAGAGGAACAAAACCAAAACUCAUUUAAAGUGCAGCACGACAGAGUUUUCAAGGUAUUGGCUGACGCACCAUUUCCAGCCGUGGGUGACGUCAGGCUGACGAUAGCAGCGCGUGAUGGGUUUAAGGUUUCCAUGGAUGUCCACAGGAGAGUCCUGGUGGGGAAGAGUAGGUUUUUCGCUGAGAAGCUGAAAGGGAGAAAUGGGUUGCAGCAUUCAGUGGAGAUUCUUGAUUGUGAUGAUGUGGAGGUUUAUGUGGAGACAUUGGUGCUCAUGUAUUGUGAUGAUUUGAAGAAGAGAUUGAUUGGUGAGGAUGUUACCAAAGUCCUAGGAUUGCUUAAGAUAUCUUCAGCAAUUAUGUUUGAUGAUGGAGUAUUGGCUUGUUUGGAGUAUCUGGAGGCUGUUCCUUGGUCCCAACAAGAAGAGGAAAAAGUAGUAUCUCAUCUCAGUCAACUUCAGCUUCCUGAUUCGGCAGCUGAUAUACUUCAGAGAUUAGUUGCUGAACCAUCAACAUCUUCAAGAUCCGAUGACAUUCUUCAGAGACUACUUACUGCUGUUUUACAUGCCAAAGAUGAUAAAGCCCGCAAAGAGAUGAAAAAAGUGAUAUCUCGUUUGCUAAGAGAAAACACUAGCAAUAGUAGCAGUCAUGAAAGUAACCUCGAUAUAUCUAAGGAUACGCUCUAUCAUUUUUGUCAUAGAUGCCUCACUUCUCUAAUACUUAGCUUGUCUGAAGCUACAUCCGUGGAUGAUAACAGGCAGGACCGAGGGAUUCUAAUGGGUGAGAUUGCUCGUGAAGCAGACAAUCUGCAGUGGAUAGUUGAUAUCCUAAUCGACAGGAAAAUGGGGGAUGCGUUUGUGAAACUAUGGGCAGAACAAAAAGAACUCUCCGUUCUCCACUCCAAGAUUCCCACCAUGUAUCGCCAUGAGAUCAGUAAGAUCACUGCACAACUUUGCGUUGCAAUUGGUAGGGGAAUUUUAUUAGUGCCAAAAGAUGUUAGAUAUUGUUUGUUAUCGACAUGGCUGGAAAGUCUAUAUGAAGAUUUUGGGUGGAUGAAGAGGGCUGGUAGAUCAAUUGACAAGAAGCUAGUUGAGGAGGGACUUGGCCAGACUAUUUUAACACUACCCUUGGCUCAGCAACAAACCAUUCUCCUUAACUGGUUCGAUCGAUUCCUUAACAAAGGGGAUGACUGUCCCAAUAUUCAGAGAGCUUUUGAAGUUUGGUGGAGAAGGUCAUUCGUUAAGCAGUACACAGUCGAUUCUCAGUUACAAUUAGCUCUUUUCGAUUAUACAGAGUGAGAAGGAGAAUACAAUGGCAUUCUUGGUUUGUUACAUGCUCCUAUACACAUUAAUGUAUAUAAGAGAUGCCCUGCCACCAUUCUUUCAAACAAUUGUGUAGUUCUUUCUGUUGUAAAUUUGGAACUUCAGCUUGUCUGAUGAUUUAUCUAAGGAGGGGAAGAGAAGCAGAAAAUAAUGUAAUCAAAAUCAUAACCGUAUACUCUACUUGUAUAAAGAGGGUAGUAAUUUGGAUAUA